AUGCAACUUUAUCGCUGGUGGAUAUCAAAGCCGUUGCGGAUACCGUGCACCACAAAGAGGUCGUUGCUCGUAGUGGAUAAUACGUUCUUGUCGCCGUAUAUCCAGAACCCGCUGAGACAUGAGGCUGACGUGUUGUAUUUGGUGACCAAGUACAUCAAUGGACACAGUGAUGUGCUUAUGAGUGCGAUAGCGCUUAAUGACCCAAAUAUCCACAAGUGUCUUGCUUUCUUGCAAAACGCAGCUGGAAGUGUUCCCAGCCCCUUCGAUUGCUGGCUUGCCCACCGUGGCGUGAAGACCUUGCACCUUCGUUCUCUUGCUGCAUCUCGGAACGCUUCUACUAUCGCCCAGAUACUGGAAGUUUCACUUCAUGUUCUCUCCGUAAACUAUCCUGCCCUACCUAUGCAUCCACAGCGCGAGGUUGCUGUCAAGCAGCACCGCAAUAGGCUUGGUUGA